CCCUCCCUCCCUCGAACAAAGUGACAAUCCAAGGAUACAACUUCAGCACCACCAACACCCUCAGCGGUCCGUGUGGCUUUCUCUUUGUUUGCUGGAGAAAAUGGAGAGUGGAGCAGCGGGCUAUGUUCGCGGGACACUCCCGCAUAAUGUACUGAACCACGCACGCUUGGCUGCACCAUCCUCUGCUCCUUCCUUCUCACGAUCUCUUAUGAAUCAUGUGAGGGGUCUUAAAUCCUGUUCUCUCUUUGGCGAAUCUCUGCGAGUGAUGUCGAAGUCUUUGCCAAGAAUUUCGAAGGUAGCCGGCAACAAGUCGCUCAUCACCAAGUGUGAGAUCGGGGAUAGCUUGGAGGAGUUCUUAACGAAGGCAACCCCAGAUAAGAACCUCAUCAGGCUGCUGAUGAGCAUGGGGGAGGCGCUGAGGACCAUAUCCUUCAAAGUGAGGACUGCAUCUUGUGGUGGGACUGCUUGCGUUAACACGUUUGGUGAUGAACAGCUUGCAGUGGACUUGCUUGCCAACAAGCUACUUUUUGAGGCUCUGCAAUAUUCCCACUUUUGCAAGUAUGGUUGCUCUGAGGAAGUUCCUGAGCUACAAGACAUGGGUGGGCCAGCUGAAGGUGGUUUUAGUGUGGCCUUUGAUCCCCUCGACGGUUCCAGUAUUGUUGACACAAAUUUCACUGUCGGAACAAUAUUUGGUGUUUGGCCCGGUGACAGACUUACGGGAGUGACCGGAAGAGAUCAAGCUGCCGCCGCUAUGGGCAUAUAUGGACCUCGUACGACAUACAUUAUUGCUCUAAAAGAUUGCCCUGGAACCCAUGAAUUCCUUCUUCUGGAUGAAGGCAAGUGGCAGCAUGUCAAAGACACCACAUCCAUUGGUGAAGGGAAGAUGUUUUCUCCCGGAAAUCUAAGGGCUACAAGUGAUAACCCUGCCUAUGAUAAGCUGAUCGACUACUAUGUGAGAGAGAAGUACACAUUGCGCUACACUGGAGGAAUGGUGCCAGACGUUAAUCAGAUCAUUGUGAAAGAGAAAGGCAUCUUCACCAAUGUAUCAUCUCCAACUUCUAAAGCUAAGCUGAGGCUUUUGUUUGAAUGUGCUCCCCUGGGGUUCCUAAUCGAGAAAGCAGGAGGAUAUAGUAGUGAUGGCACGCAAUCUAUACUAGACAAGGUGAUCAACAACCUUGAUGACCGCACACAAGUUGCUUAUGGAUCCAAGAACGAAAUCAUCCGGUUUGAGGAAACUCUAUAUGGCUCAUCUAGACUCGCAGCUGGCACACCUGUCGGGGCCACUGUCUAAACUGAGUUGCCUGUGGUUGUUCAGCUUCUUAUUACCAAUAUUUUCAAAUAUGACAUUGUAAUAUAGUGCCCAUAUUUGUUCAUCAAAAAAGACAUUGUAAUAUAGCGCACAACCGGCUCAAUUUCCAACUUCACAUCAGUGUGAUGAAAGGGUGGGCGAGAGAAGAAGUAACAUCCACUUAUAAGCAUCUACCAAACAUAUUUUUUGAAAAACAAUUUUACUCUCUCUUGUCAAGUUCCUCUUUGCAA